GUCUACCGGAUAUUUCCGGGUUUGCGGUUUUGUUUUGUGUAUUAGAUUUAAGUUCUCCAUGCUGGCGUCUGAUGCAGCGCAUGUUUGCAGCUACAACUUAAAUAUUUUGUAUUAAUUGUCCAUCCGGCCAAGAGCACAUUCCUUUCACCACGUUCUUCAAUAAACUUGAAACACAGUUUGAUUGGGUGGUUUAUCUGCUUAUACGCAGUGACAGUGAAAGGAAUGCGAGCAGCCUACUCUGGACAUGGCAUACAGAUACAUGAACUCUGUUCCUGUGACCCCUGAGGAUGGGGACGUUCGCCCCGAGAGACAGUUGAACACUGGUUUGAACCCUGGAUCAUCUAAGAGACUCAGUUUAGAGGCGGCAAAGGUGCGUCUAGAUUUUGUCAAAAAGGAAAAUGAACUUAAACAAAUGGCACUUGAUAUCCAAAAACAAAUGGACGAGUUAUUGGCGAGAAAGCAGGUUGCAGAGGCAGAGCUAUUCAUGGUGGAGGAAGACCAUAGGUCGGACAUAUCUGAAUUUGAUAAUCUGAGUGUCGUAGAUGAUUUCGUUCGUGAUCUUGAGCCACCACCCUCGCCAUUGAAUAUGUUAGCGUCGGAGCUCGAACCUCAGAGACAGAACCAAUGGGAACAAGCCUUUCCAUCAUGCCCACCUACCGUGGCCACUGCAGCUGUUCCAGUGUACACCCUGUCCAGGUUUGCAGGUGCUCCUGUGACCCCUGGCUUUCCAGCCUAUAUACCUACAGCAAAGGAACCGCCUGCAUGGACAGAUCCUGUGACCCCUGGCUUUCCAACCUAUAUACCCAUAGCAAAGGAACCGCCUGCAAGGACAGAUCCUGUGACCCCUGGCUUUCCAGCCUACAUACCCACAGCAAAGGAACCGCCUGCUCCCCCUGCAGGGACAGAACCACAACCCUUGUUCACAGACUUUGCUAGAUUCUGGUUCAAGAAAGACCUCGUAACCAAGAUAGACUUGUUUGAUGACAAGCCAGAACAUUUUUUGUCGUGGAAGACCAGCUUCCUGCGAGUUAUGAGUGAACUUUCUGUGACCCCAAAUGAGGAACUUGAUUUACUGGUUAAGUACUUAGGACCAAGUUCAAGUGUCGAAGCGAGGAACAUUAAGGCUUGUCAUGCUAGUGACCCUGUAGCGGGUAGACUUAACGUUUGGCGUCGUCUAGAGGAACGGUAUGGAGCUCCUUCCCUUGUUGAGGCAUCGAUCAGGAAGAAAUUAGACAAUUUCAAGACUCUUGACAGUCAGGAUGGAAAGGAACUGUAUAAGCUUUGUGAUAUUCUGAACGAAAUUCAGUCCCUGAAGGACAACACCAUAUUCGCUGAUUUGUUAGCCCAGUUCAACACAUCUGUCGGUAUAUCACCUAUUGUAGCCAAGCUACCCAGGAAGCUUCAAGACAAAUGGACUAACAUAGCUUUCAGAUACAAACAGCAGAACUGUGCACAAUACCCUCCAUUUGAACACUUUCUGAAAUUUAUCAGGGAAAUGGCAGCUAUGUGCAAUGACCCUGGACUUGCGUACAAUUUACCUAAGAAGGAAACUUAUCACAACACAAGGAGUGCAGGGCACAGGAAGACUGUAUCGGUGCACAAGACUAAUGUUUCCAGGGACAAUCAGACAGACAUGGAUACUAGUGAUACAGGGCGACAGAAAUUCACUUCAGAUGUAUCUACUCGAUGUCCAGUACACAAGUCUAAACAUUCACUGAAUGAAUGUGAAACCUUUAGGAAGUGGAGGUUAGACAAGCGUCGUUCGUUCUUGAGACAACACUCUAUUUGUUUCAAGUGUUGUGCAUCAACUCAACACCAGCAGUCCUCAUGCACCAAUAGUUCUCCAUGUUCUGUGUGCAGGAGCACACUUCAUCCUACAGCCAUGCACUGGUAUAGGAAGGACUCGUGUGAAGGAGAAAGUAAGGAAAGAGCACUCACCUCAGAUCAUGGCGGGGAGGGAACAGAGAUUUCCUCGAAGUGCACUACACUGUGUGGUUUGGCCAACGGUGGACGUUCAUGUGCCAAGAUUGUUCUAGCGAAAGUGUUUCCAUGUGACCGUCCGCAAGAUGCUGUGACUGUGUAUGUAUUGCUCGAUGAUCAGAGCAACCACACCCUAGCUCGAUCUGAACUUUUGAAUCAACUUGGUGUCAAGUCAGAUCCGAUUCCGUACAGACUUAAAUCAUGUGCCGGAGUGACCGAGACAUCUGGAAGAAGAGCAGUGGGGUUUUGUAUUCAGUCGAUAGAUGGACAAGCCUGUCACAAGCUUCCGCCCAUCAUAGAGUGCAACGACAUUCCAGAUAACAUGAUGGAAAUCCCGACUCCAGAAGUCGCUCGUGCCCACCCUCACUUACAACACAUCGCCAAGGAACUCGACCCGCUCCGUACAGAUGUCGGUAUACAGCUCCUGAUUGGAAGGGACUUGGUGGACGUACAUCAGGUGCAAGGUCAGGUGACAGGACCCCCCUCAGCUCCCUUCGCCCAGAAGCUGAGUCUUGGAUGGGUGAUAAUUGGUGACGUGUGUUUGGAUGGUCAUCACAAGCCAAGGGAUCUCAGUGUUCUGAAGACCAAUAUUCAGCACGAUGGUAGAGGAACGAUAUUCACCCCAUGUGAAAACAGUUUUCAUCUGAAGGUCCAAGGCCCUACUAACUGCAGAUCCUCUCAGGCCCUAGAUUUCAAGGGAGACAAUGUGUUUUACACAGACAGACAUGAUAACAAGGUGGGCAAUUCAGUGGAAGAUCGUGAAUUCCUGUCUUUGAUGGACAAAACCUUUCAGAAGAAUUCUAGUGGUAAUUGGACCUCUCCACUUCCGUUCAAGGACAUUCGUCCUAAGCUUACGAACAACAGAGCUCAAGUCUUCAAACGAGCUGUCAACCUUGACCAAGGUUUGAAGAGAAACCCAGAGAAACUCAAGCAGAUGUGUGAAUUUAUGGAAAACAUUUUCAACACAGGAGCAGCAGAAAGAGCCCCACAGAUAGUAGAUAGACAUGAGUGUUGGUACAUCCCGAUAUUUGCUGUAACUCACCCUAAGAAGCCUGGCAAAGUUCGAGCCGUAUUCGAUUCAUCAAUCGUGUACCAAGGAUGCUCAUUAAAUGACAGUCUAUUGUCCGGUCCAAACCUGACGAACAACUUACUAGGAAUCUUGUUACGAUUUCGCAAGGAUUUGUGUGCGAUAGCAGGAGACAUCCAGCAGAUGUUUUACCGUUUCUUUGUAAACGAAAGAGAUAGAGACUACUUACGGUUCUAUUGGUAUGAGAACAACGAUCCACAUAGUCAGAUGGUAGAGUACCGUAUGACCGUCCAUGUGUUCGGGAAUCGGCCUUCCCCCGCAGUGGCAACAUAUGGGCUUAGACGGGCAGUACGAGACGCGGAUCCCGAUGUAGUCAACUUUGUACACCAGGACUUUUAUGUUGAUGACGCAUUGAUGUCUCGACCUACUCCUGCGCAAGUCACAGACCUUAUGAAACGAACUCGGAAAGUACUUGAUGAAGAGGGGAAAAUAAGAUUACAUAGGAUUGUGUCAAAUGUACAAGAGGUUGUUGAUGCGUUCCCUCCAGAGGACCUGGGUAAGGACGUGAAGGACUUGUCAAUUGGUGGUGACAAUGAUUCGGUUCAGCACAGCCUUGGAUUGGCUUGGAAUCUGAGAUCUGACUGUUUCGUCUUCCAGAAGCCAGAUGCUGAUGUUCCCUUCACUCGCCGUGGAAUCCUUUCAAGGGUCAACAGUAUCUUUGACCCCAUUGGCUUUCUGUCUCCAGUGACGAUAUGUGGGAAGAUGAUUCUACGUGAGAUGUGUACAGGGAGUCCGAGCUGGGAUGAUCCUUUACCAGAAGAGUACCGAGAUAGAUGGGAGAGUUGGAGCAAGUCCCUUGAUCAGUUGAGCAGUCUACAGAUUCCCAGGAUGUUCGUUCCACAGUCGCUGAGCUUAGCAUCAGAUCCACAACUGCUGAUAUUUUCCGACGCAUCUGAAACAGCGAUUGCGGCUGCAGCUUACCUGAAGGUGAAGCAGGAUGUUGGAUUUGUCAUGGGAAAGUCUAAACUUGCACCUCUAGCAGGGCAUAGUAUUCCACGACUGGAGCUGUGUGGUGCUGUACUGGCGGCAGAAAUAGGAGAAUUUGUGUCAGAUCAUCUCUCUAUCCCAACGUCAUCGAUCCAGUAUUUUACAGACAGUAAGGUUAUAUUGGGAUACAUUAAAAACAGGACAAGACGAUUUUACAACUAUGUAAGUAAUAGGAUUGCUAGGAUUCAUGCUGUGUCAUCCCCUAGCCAGUGGAGCUACGUACCCACUCACCAGAACCCGGCUGAUGCAGCAACUAGAGGAUCAGUUGCGGACAUUAGUAAUAUGUUAGACACAUGGCUUGUUGGACCAGUGCAGUUUUGUUCAAGGAACCUAGCAGCAUGUGAACCUGAAGUAGAUUACCCACUCAUCAGCCCUGACGACGAUAAGGAUGUUCGUCCUGAAUUGAGCACCUUUAAGGCUGAUGUACAUGUAUUGACCAACCUGCCCCCAAUCGAGGAUCGAUUCAGUAAAUUCUCUACUUGGGACAGUCUUGUGGCCGCAUUUUCCACACUUCGUCAUGUAGCUGCCUCCUACCGAGGUUCCAGUGACUGUACUGGUUGGCACAUGUGCCAGAGCACUACUUGUGAAUCGACACUCAAAGACACUGAACAUUUCAUAAUUAGAUGUGUACAAGCUCAGGCCUUUGAUGCUGAAAUUGAAGCAAUUGAAAAUAAACACAACCUACCUAGGGACAGCCGAAUUCAGAAUUUAUCUCCCUUCAUUGAUGAUAAUGGUCUGCUCAGAGUUGGAGGUCGUUUGAACAAGCUGAAGAGUUCAGGACUUUCUUCCGUCAACCCUAUUAUAGUCCCCAAUGGACAUGUGGCAGUACUACUGGUACGUUUCAUCCAUAACAAGGUUUUUCACCAGGGCAGAAUGAACACUGAAGGCGCUGUACGUUCUCACGGCUAUUGGAUCCUGGGAGCAAGGAGACUUGUAUCCUCCCUCAUUCAUGUUUGUGUUGUGUGCCGGAAGCUCCGAAGGAUGCCCCAGGAACAGAAGAUGGCAGAUCUCCCUGUCGAUCGUCUCACCCCAGGACCCCCAUUUUCCUCUGUUGGACUCGACGUUUUUGGUCCGUGGCCAGUAGUUACCAGAAAAACACGUGGUGGGUCAGCGCAGAGUAAAAGAUGGGCCGUCUUGUUCACUUGCUUAACUUCCCGAGCAGUCCACAUUGAAGUAAUUGAGGACAUGUCCAGCUCCUGUUUUAUCAACGCCCUAAGACGCUUUAUAGCCUUGCGUGGACCAGUAAAGCUUUUUCGCUCGGACAGGGGAACAAAUUUUAUUGGAGCUGUGGACGACCUUCAUGUGAAUGCCAUCAAUGUUGAAGACACUGUGAUGAAGACUUACCUGAAGGAGAACAGAGCAACCUGGUUGUUUAACGCCCCUCAUGCGUCACAUAUGGGAGGUGUAUGGGAAAGAGUUGUAGGUAGUGCUCGCAGGAUUUUAGACUCUAUGCUGCUUCAAGACGGAGGCAAGGAAUUGACACAUGAAGUGCUAGUCACAUUCAUGGCGGAGGUGUGCGCCAUACUUAACUCUCGCCCGAUAGCGCUUGAUACAGACCCGUCAUCGCCCAUGGUGCUGAGUCCAAACGUACUAUUGACCCAGAAGCAGGGAGAAGUUGGAUCGUUCUCGGAACAUUUGGGUAUCAAGGACAUGUACAGAGCCAGCUGGAAACAUGUUCAGGUGCUGUCUGAUAUGUUUUGGAAGAAGUGGCACGUUACGUACUUGGACAGUUUACAGAAGAGACAGAAGUGGUACUCGAGUAAAGAGAAUCUCAAGACCGGAGAUGUUGUACUCUUGCGUGAGAAGAAUGUCCAUAGGAAUCUGUGGCCGAUGGGGAUAAUCGAGCGCCCGAUUGAGAGCAAUGAUGCGAUGGUCCGGAAAGCUGUUGUUCGUGUCGCCAAGGACAGGAAGGUGUACACCCGACCAAUAACCGAGAUGGUUCUCCUACUUGAGCAGUAACCGUGUGAAUUACUUUAUUUCAGUUAUGUAGUUAUACUAGUUAUGUGGUUGAUAGUUUGAGAUUUUUGUCCAUUUUAUUUAGUGAAUAGUUAUAUCUUUGAUAUAAGACGGGGAGUGUAGUGUCAGCGAAUCAGUUUAGGUAUGACUUGUUUUGUAGUCUACCGGAUAUUUCCGGGUUUGCGGUUUUGUUUUGUGUAUUAGAGUUAAGUUCUCCAUGCUGGCGUCUGAUGCAGCGCAUGUUUGCAGCUACGACUUAAAUAUUUUGUAUUUGUCCAUCUGGCCAAGAGCACAUUGUAAGUUUAUAUUUUUGCAAAUGUUUGAUAUGAUUAUAGUAUGUGAUUUUGCUUAAAUGUCGGCAUAGGUGUCAUACAUUGAAUUUGUGUAUUUUCUAGUCAUGUCUAAAAAUAGCAGAUACUGCCAAAUUUGUAGUGUACGAUUUUGCAUUGAUAUAUUUGCAUAGUUUGCUCAAUGAGAUAUUGUGAGAUAUUGCGAGAUAUUAUGAGAUAUUAUUACUAUGAAUUUAAGUGGAAUUUAGUCUAAAUCUAUUCCUGUAAUUUUCAAAAUGUAUGUAAAUCAGAUUAAUGGCAAUUUAUUGGUAAUCUAGUCAGUAUAUUGGUUGUAUGUAUGAUUGUCUGUUAUUUGAUUACAUUGUAUGUACAAAUUCAUUUUUGUAUGUUUCAGCCUUUCACCACGUUCUUCAAUAAACU